UCUACCAAUACCCGUGAGGGUAAUGACGUAGGGAGGUAGAAGCGAAACACUGUAACUUGACGAACUAUACAUAUCUAUUUUUAAAGCAAUAAUAGCAAAGCCCGGUCAGAUGUGUGUUUAUUUUGGAUAAUGUACAAUACACUAGUCACCGUUUUUCAUUGAUUACUACGCUUAACAGAAGAAAAACAUUGCUCAAUUUCAUCUUGGUACAAGCUGAAGCUUCUCGAAGUUGGAUCUUUUGAGCCGCGUCAACGCCGACUUGUCUCCCGCAAGAAGAAUACACAAUUAAAGGUGUUAUUGUUUUGAUUAGUAUUUCCGUUUUUAUUAUGUCGAUUUGCGUGCUCGUGACGUAACUUGCGACCAAGCGCCCUGCUGUGGAUUUUCCGCUGCAGCUCCCCAUCCGCGCACUUUUUAUUAUUAUUAUUUUAUUUUUUAACGUAAUCGCUGCUCUCUCUUCGACGCACCUCACUAAAUCUUACUGAAUUUCUACCGAACGAACUGAAUCCUCGACGCGGUGCGUCCAUCGGUACUUCGCUUGGACUCAAACAUUAUUCGUUAAAUCCUCGUGUCCGGUUUAAGUCGUAUCGGUGCCCGUUGAAGCUUCCAGGCCUAGCCUAGCCUAGCCUAACCUAGCCUAGCCUAGCUUGCUGACAAAGAGACGCGUUUGUCAUAGACACAUCGCGAAGCCGAGAUCGAGUGUGAGCCUAAAAAAAGCGCCGUGACUGCCGUGUGAGAAUGUGUGCGAGAAGGACAGCGGCAGAGUACGAGGAGCAACUUUGUGGACCAAAUGAGGCGAAGGAGCGAGAACGUCAAAUACUGGACGCUGUUUUCAAGACGCCUCGCGUCGGGUUACACCCUGCAGACAUCAGUAAAACCUUGGAGCCUUCUCAUAUUAAAGAAGAGGAUGAGCCAGUGCAUCCUUACAUUAAAGAGGAGGAAGAACUCCUAUAUAUUGAGCAGGUGGAAGAAGAGCCUGUGAACAUUGAGGAGAAGGCGGAUUUCACCAAGUUGCCAUCGAUUGUUGUCCUUUUGAAGAGCGAAGAUGAAGGGCAAAGUGAGAGAGGGGCGGAGUCUCCAAGCAGCAGCUCAAGUCCACAUAUGGCACCAGAAGGUGAUGGAGACCACUCUGCAGAAUCGUCAGCAGACGGCCUCAUAGCUCCACUAUCAGAUAGUGAUGACAUGUCACUCUCUCCUCACACUGACGACGAUGAACAGUCUGAAGGGGAUAUGACAUGUCUCACUGACAACAAAUGCUGGAAAUGUUCUCAUUGUAGGAAAACGUUUGUCUACAAGUCUCUUUUGAAAAAGCAUAUGAUGAUACACACUGGAGAGAAGCCUUACGCAUGUUCAGUUUGUGGGCAAAGAUUCACUCAAGAGGGACAUUUAAGAAGACACACAAGAAGACACACUGGAGAGAAACAGUUUGUCUGCACAGUUUGUGGUAAAAGAUUUGCUCAAAGAACCAGUUUGACAACACACACACGAACACACACUGGAGAGAAACCUUUUGUCUGCUCAGUUUGUGGGCAAAGAUUUGCUCAGAGAAACCAUUUGACAACACACACAAAAACGCACACUGGAGAGAAACCUUUUGUCUGCUCAGUUUGUGGUCAAAGAUUCUCUGAAAAGGGAAGCCUAAAAAGUCACACAAGAACACACACUGGCGAUAAACCUUUUUCCUGCUCAGUUUGUGGUAAAAGAUUCUCUCAGAAGGGACAUUUAGGGGUUCACAGAAGGACACACACAGGUGAGGAACCUUUUUCCUGCUCAGUUUGUGGUAAAAGAUUUUCCCAGAAAGGACAUUUAGGGACUCACAGAAGAACCCACACUGGUGAGAAACCUUUUGCCUGCUCUGUGUGUGGCCAAAGAUUCUCUGUCAAGGGACAUUUAAAAACACAUGCAAGAAUCCACACUGGUGAGAAACCUUUUGCCUGCUCAGUAUGUGGCCAAAGAUUUACUACAAAGGCAUAUUUUAAAAUACACACACAAACCCACACUGAUGGGAAUCCUUUUGCCUGCUCAGUUUGUGGCCAAAGAUUCAUUAUGAAGGGAUAUUUAAAAAUACACAUGAGAAUACACACUGGAGAGAAACCUUUUCCCUGCUCUGACUGUAGUAAAAGAUUCUCUACAAAGGAACAUUUAAAAUCACACACGAGAACGCACACUGGAGAAAAACCUUUUGCCUGCUCAGUUUGUGGGCAAACAUUUUCUCUAAAGGGAAACUUAAAAAGUCACACAAGAACGCACACAGGUGAAAAACCUUUUGCCUGCUCAGUUUGUGGUCAUAGAUUCUCUAGAAAGGGAAACUUAAACAUACAUGCGAGAAUACACACCGGAGAUAAACCUUUUGCCUGCUGAGUCCAAAACAAAAAUCUCAGUAUAAGGAUCAGGAUGAAUGUGCUGGUACAGUAGUAGUACAGUAGUGGUGAUUAAUUCAGCUUUGAAUGAAAAUCUACAUGUAAAAUAUUAAAACUGCUGUGACAGUGAUUUGGAAUAAUCUACAUUUUUGUAUUCUAUCUACUUUGUUGUAUGCUAUCUAUCGUCUUGUAUUCUAAAUACCUUCUUAAAAGCAUCCUGUGGAUGACUGAAUUAGCACGCGUGCUAAAACAAAGCAAUGCACUCGACUGCUGUGUCAAAUGUUUUGUAAUGUGCAUAUCAAAGAAGCGAAACAUUGAUAGAAACUUGAACUCUUUGGGGUAAGAUGGAAAGCUAUGUAUGUGAUUCUGAAUAAAAUACUGUGGGACCUUG